AGAAGUUAAGGAAAUUUAUCACCGCCGUAAACAAAUAUUUUGGGGUUUGGACGAUUACUUAGAAAGUGUAGUCGCCCCCAUAAACCCUAAAAAUCUCCUUCCUUCUCUACUUCUUUUUCAACAUCUCCUGAACUCCUUGAAUUUUGGCAUCAUAAUCAGUUAUCAGACAUGGGUCGCAAAAUCAAGGACGUUAUGAGUUCUGGUGACGGAGAUAGAAAAAUCAAGCGAAAGAGAAAGCUUGAAGAAGCUGAAGAAGGACUAACAAAUGCUCAAAUUAAUGGCAAUUUAGGAGAAAAUCAUGAAGUUUCAGUUUCAAAGAAGGAAGAAAAGAAGAGAAAGAAGAAGAAUAAGAAAAAGGAAAAUGGGUUUGAAGAGGGCGAUAACCAAUUGGGUUCAGAGUGUGAAGGAGAGAAAAAAACGAAGAAUGGGUCAGAAUUAGGUGAAGAAAGUGGCAAGAAGAAGGAGAAAAAGAAGAAGACGGAGAAAGAUGGGGGCUUUAUUAAUGGAGAUGAAAAGAAAGAGGGUGAAGAAGAGAAGAAGAGUUAUGGAGGUGUGGUGGUUUCUGGGAAGAAUUCAAGUGAUUCAAAGUAUUCACCUUUGAAUUCAUUUGCUGAUGUUAAAGUUUCUGCAAAUGUGAUUGAAUGUUGUAAAGAUUUUGAUAAACCUUCUCCUAUUCAAUCUCAUUCCUGGCCUUUUUUAUUGGAUGGCCGUGAUUUUAUUGGGAUUGCCCAAACCGGGUCAGGUAAGACUUUAGCAUUUGGAAUUCCAGCAAUGAUGCAUGUUUUGGGCAAAAGAAAAGGUGAUAUGUCUAGAAGGAAGAAUCCAAUUUGCCUUAUUUUGUCACCUACAAGGGAGCUUGCGCAACAAAUUGCUGAUGUUCUUUGCAAUGCUGGGAAGUCCUGUGGUAUAAAAUCUGCUUGUUUCUAUGGAGGAACCUCAAAAGGACCUCAGUUGGAGGCUUUGAGGUCUGGUGUUGACAUUGUCAUUGCAACUCCAGGACGUUUGAAGGACUUGAUUGAAAUGGGUAAAUGCUGUCUGAAAGAAGCAUCAUAUGUGGUUUUGGAUGAAGCGGAUCGUAUGCUUGAUAUGGGAUUUGAGCAAGAUGUUCGUUCUAUAUUGAGUCAGACAUGCUCUGUUCGGCAAAUGGUGAUGUUUAGUGCUACUUGGCCUAUAGAGGUUCAUCAACUGGCCCAAGAAUUCAUGGACCCGAACCCUAUCAAGGUUGUGGUCGGUUCUGAAGAUUUGGCUGCUAAUCACGACGUCAUGCAGAUAGUAGAGGUCUUGGAAGAGAGAACACGUGAUAACCGCCUUGUCGCUCUGCUUGAGAAAUACCAUCAGUCGCAAAGGAAUAGAGUUAUAGUGUUUGUCUUGUAUCAGAAGGAAGGAGAUCGCGUAGAGAGAAUGCUGCAAGGAAGGGGAUGGAAAGCUGUCGCUAUACAUGCUGGUAAACCGCAACAUACACGGACAAAGUCACUGGCCUUGUUCAAGAGUGGAACAUGUCCUCUAUUGAUAGCAACUGAUGUGGCUGCUCGAGGACUGGAUAUUCCAGAUGUUGAGGUAGUUAUCAACUACAGUUUCCCACUCACUACCGAAGAUUAUGUUCAUAGGAUUGGAAGAACUGGACGAGCGGGUAAAAAAGGUGUCGCUCACACCUUUUUUACUAAAGAGAACAAGGGUCUUGCUGGGGAGCUGGUGAAUGUUCUUCGAGAAGCUGAUCAGCAUAUUCCGCCUGAUCUUGUAAAAUUCGGCACACACGUAAAAAAGAAGGAGUCCAAGCUCUACGGUGCUCAUUUUAGAGAGAUCACUGCUGAUGCUCCUAAGGCUACAAAGAUAAAGUUUGCCGACUCCGACGAUGAAUGAUUCUGAAGACAACCAAGUUUUUGAUUUGGGUUUAUCCUUGUUAUACGAUAUACGAUAACGAGACUCGAUCAAAUUGUUUAUCAAGCACCAGUAGUCGCCCGGCUCUUGCAUCAUAAAGUAAAUGAUGUUCAACUAUAAAGUUCUGAGAAUCGGCUAUGAAGCUCCACGCGUUUGUCGCCAUUACAUUCAUUUGCGUGAAGCUUGGAGGUCUUCAGCAACUUGCUAGAAGGUAUAGGCUUAAAGUACCGAAUCAUCGACCUCGGUUGGGGUUCGCUAAACAUAAUUAAAUCUUUAAUAAUGUUUUUCUUAGGGUAUAUACUUUUGAAAUCUCUAUUUGUGAUUCUUUUUAUUUUGCUAUGCUGAGCUCAAUUUUGUAUCACAAGAAAAGGUGUCCACAUUAGAGUUAUGGUCAUUAGCUAAUGUUCAACUUUCUAAAUCUAUUUAUAUUUGUAUUCGAAGUGAAUGUGUAGACAAUUCAAGAUAUCGACUACAUUAGUGUCUA